AACUGUCGACAGAUUACUAAUCUGAUACCAAAAGAAAAACGAAAAACCAGUGUUUCUAAAAUAGUAGAGAAUCCAAACAACCAAGCCCCAGAAGAAGACUUCAAUGCAUCUGGCAACAAAGUGCCAUUAGGAGAUUACUGUACUGAAAGAUCACCUUCUGUAGAAAAUUGUUUUGUUGAUACAGCUUCAAAACAAUAUUUAUUAAAUGAAGAUACUACUAAGCAGACAAUGAAAAAUAUUACCUGUCGUGCUACAUAUAAAAUAAACCAAUUAAAUUACUGUGAAAUAGAAAAUGGCCAAGAUUUAAGAAGAAAUUUGAAAGAACUUGGAUCAAAUGAAUGCAGACCUGACUGCCAGAAAAAUCAAGGUAAAAACAUCAUGAAAAGUAGGAACAACAGCAGAGAAGUUAAUCUCCAUUGCAAUCUAACAGCAGAAAUAACUACUCAUACAUUAGAUGUUCUGUCAACCAAACAAGUAAAUGAAGUACUUUCACAGGAUAAUAAAAGGAAAAUUUUUGCAAAAGCUAGCAGAAAAACGUGUAUUAUACCCAGAGAUUCUCUUAAGCAGAAAAAAAUUGUGAAACAGAACUUACAUGACGAAAAUGUUCCACAUGUUGAUAUCACCUACAAGAAAGCUGAAAAGGUACAGAAGACUUUAGAUGUUCACAGUGUUACCCCCACAUGCUCCUUAAAGGAGGCUGAAUCUGGUGAUGACACGUUCAAAAGGAUAGAUUCUAUACAAAAGCCAAGAAGAAAAACCUACGUUGUUUGUUCAAGUAAUCAAGAUAAAAGCAAAGAAUGCAUUAUUUCUAACAGUGCUGAGACAGCCACUGAGGUACACAACAUUCAUAAAACCAUUUCAUUUCAGAAGAACGCAGAAGAUUUUCAAAGAACAAAUCAAGAAAAAAAUGAGCGUACUCCUACAGAAAAAAGAGAUGUAACUUGUAAGGAGUCUUGCAAAAUACCAGACUUUGGUAAUAAAGCUCUGGAAGAUUUGACAAAUAUUAGUAUACUUUGCCUUCCAAAAUCCAAGAAAGGCUUAGAAGAAAAUUUCAUACCAGCUACUAGACGAAGGCGAACUACUGUUUGUUACCGAGAACCCAAAAUGAACACCAAACUGAGGAGAGGAGAUGAAUUCACAGAUACUGGAUUUCUUCACUCUGCAGUCUCCAAAGUCAACAUUAAGCAAAGUUUUAAAAGCAAAUCAAGGUUACUAUAAAGAGGAUGCACCGAAAAGCUACUGGUUUGAAUGGUUUACUUCUCAAACAGUUUAUAUAACUGCGAAGUGUUCUUCCAUAAUGUAUUUUAUUAACUUCAUGUUCA